AUGUAUGGCGUGACUACUGUGCUAGAGCCUCACCCCAUCACCGGUCUGGCAUGGAUAUGGAACUGUCUAGUCUUGGUGGUCAAUGAUCAUCUUGAAAUUCAUCGAUUUCAAGACAAACGAUUACUGCUCGUACGACAAAUCAAGUUACCAACUAUCGUGACAUGUAUGGGUCGUCAUGAGGAAACCUUGUUCAUUUAUGGCAUUGACAACGUUGUUUACUCUAUUGAGUUUGCUGAUGAUAAAAUUCUCAUUGAUCCAGUUGCAAAGUUUGCAAGCGAGAGCCAACAACUGCCAGUGGAUAGUUAUCAGUCCAUUGUUGCUACCAAAGAUUGGAUUUUGUUGCAUGUUUUUCAAGGCCUGCUAAUAGUGGUUUGGAGAAAGCCUCGGAAGCGGAGUCGGGGACGGGAGGCGCCACCCCAGGUCGAGACGUUCGGCGUUGGCGCCAUUGUGAUUAUCGACCUUGUCUUAACAUCUCAAGACGAAAUUGCUGUAUUAUAUCGUGAUACAAACUAUGUCUAUUCACUCAGAAUAUAUCGUGUGGACAGUGUUAAGGGUUUGUUGAUGGUAAAGCAGUACGAAGAAUUCAUCAAUACCCCCCAGGUCAUGGUAGCACCACCCCAAGGGGGAGUUGUUGUUUUUUCUUCUUCUCAUAUGUUUUACUUCGCUGGCGAGGGUACUAUGAUCGAACUUUCUGACUCUGACCUGCUGACCACAGUCAAUAUGAACGAUCAUGUUAUCACCAAACGUUUCCCACAAUCACAAUUUGAGGGUUUACAAUUUUCCGCGGCAUCAAUGAUUGAAAAGAAUAAAAUAGUGGCAGGAGCCGAGGAUGGGCGUACAUUUAUCGUCAAUUUUGAUGCCAAUCGUACCUCAAAAUUUGUUAAUGUUCGUCGAAUCGAUAUUAUAUCAUUGGGCGUGACUACACUGGCAAUGAAUAUUCAUCACAUCACUGGAGAGUGGUUCAUAGCAACUUCACAAUUUGGAUGCAGUGCUUUAUUCAAAAUCGUACCCAAAAAACCAUUCAUGAAGGUUGUACAAAGAUUGAACUCAUCACCCCCGAUCAUGGAUCUAGUUGCUAGAUCGGACAAGCAAAUUUGCGUCCUUAGAGGUCUGUUCAUUGAUGGAGACUUAACAAUUAUUCGUCCAGAAGCAGUCAAAGUAACCGUUAAUCUGGAAAUUAGUGACGUUGCUGAAAUUUCUGGCUUCAGUAACACAACAAAGCUUAAAGUGAAUGAUAAGUGGUAUCGGUGGCAGAAAGAUGACUAUCACGAACUUGAGUCUGUGACCAACGAGAAUGUACUUGCUUUUUCGGAUGUUACGAUGAUCACUUCAAAGUCUAUCGCUGUUAACUCAAACACUGUUAUGUCAUCCGAGAAGCCAUGGAUCCAUGCCUGUAUUGAGGAUGACUCUAUUGCGGUAGCUUCUGUCGAAGGCGUGACGAUAAUGUGCAAACUCGAAGUUUUGGCAACGAUCGAUACAAACCAAGUGUCUGGUUUAGCAUCGCCUCGAAGUGGAUGGUUGGUGGUGACUGAUUGGAACGGUAAAAUUCAGGUGGUUCAUGAAGGAAAGAUAUUAGCCUCGCACGUUAUUGAUGGUGUAGGUAUCACGAGUAUGGCUGCCUUGCUUGUUGAUGAAAAUCUCGAGAUUGUUGUCGUCACAACAAAAAAUGAGUACCAUCAGCUCCACUUGCAAACAAAGAACGUGACACCUAUUUUGAUUGAGUAUAAUCAUGGUGUGGGCGGAUCCGAGCAAUUAUCAUUGAUCUCCAAUAAGACUGUGAUAUUUAGCUACGGUGGCGACAACUUGGCAGCGUUUGUGUACGACUCCACAAUCAAUGGUUUAGUUCAAACCAUUGUCAAUCACCAAUUUUUGAGAAUUGAUAAGUUGGUAGCAGUGGCUGAAACGUUAGUGGUUUUGUCCGAGGAAAAAGCACACUUUUGCUCCGUCACCGAAUCUACACCCUCAUGGAAGGCAGAUCAAAGUCAUAUAAAAGCACUUCCGGUUAAAAUGGUUAUUCUUAAACUGAAGUUGGUUGUACUAGCGUGUCAGCGCAAGCUUAAGAUGGGUGAAUACAUUGUUAACUACCACCUUCAUCUUUAUGAUUUGAAAACAAUGACACUUACCAAAAAGUACACAUUUUCUGAUGGUGAGGAGGUACCCAGUAUGGUUAAAUUUGACGAAAGUAUUGUUUGCCUUAUGAAUAAAUCAGCAACCCCCUUUCGAGUGUUCAGCCUUGGAAAUCACUUUGAGCAACCUACGAACUCCCAAAUCAAAGGCCUCGAUGUCACCGAGUUGAAAUUUCAAACUUUGCAAGUUACCGACAACGGAACGAUUGUCAUAGGUGGAAGCGCAAUUUUUGAAGUGCAGCAAGCUGGCAAUGGGAGUUUUGAAUACAUCGAGGAUUCUUUGUACAGAUUGCCAACAUUUUGUGUUGAUGUUUCCACGAGAGGUGGAAAACAUGUUUCGAUUGACCUUCGUCGGGGAGUGUUUGUGAAACUGGAGGGUCAAAAACUUUCUCAUGUACCUUUGCAAUUGCCGCUUCUGUUUCCCACUGCAGUAUGUACCAUUCCCGGAGACGAGGGGUUUGACGUAGUAGCGGGUGAUGAUCUCGGCAAUUUAACUGUGGCCUAUUGGGAUGGUGUCGAGUUCACUCAGUUGCUAGCGGCUAAUCUAGGGGCCCAGAUAAAUUGCAUUACAAAUGAUGGAGACAAUAUAAUCACUGGCACUGUUGACGGUGGGGUUUAUAAGUUGGUCCGUUUGACUGAAAAGGAAUGGGAACACGUCAAAGGUUUGAAUACUGACCGCUUGCCAUGGAGACUUGAGGAUGGCAGCUCUGCUGAUACAUUUGGUAUCGUGAACAUUGAAGAGAUCAAAAAAGAUGAUACUAUUAGUCGUGAGGUGAGGCAUAAAAAAUUCAAAUAG